AUGUUUUGCCAGCUAUUCAAUGCUUGGAUUGGGGAAGGCUUUUGGAAAAACUGGAAUAUCACAAGCUCAGCUCCCCAAGAUAUUGUCCAUAUUAUCAUCAAGUUCUGGACUGGACGAAUCGCCGAUGAAGACGUAAAUUGCUAUAUCAGAAGAUACUGUGAGAUUCUACAACCUCCGGAUAAGCCAGUGGAUCAAUUCGGAAUAUGGUAUGGAGUAAGAAGAUAUAAAGUCAAGCUAAGAACGAACGAGAAUGGAGAGAUCCAGCAAUUGCCCAACACUAUAGCUAUGGGUCCUUAUGUAGGAAAGAUUUCAUACCCUGGACAAAUUCAACGAUGCUACAUAUGUAACUCCGCUCAACAUCAAGUAAAGGACUGUGAUAAGACCAAAUGUUGGAAAUGUGGACAGUUUGGACACAAAGCUAAAGAUUGUGUAGAUGUGGAACAGUGUGGACUGUGUGGACAAAGCGGUCACUCGUAUUUCACGUGUCCUAAAUCUUUCAGUAACCUUUUAAAGAAGGAAAGAAAACAAGCACAACCAAAUCUACAAGAUCCAGAACAAACUACACCCGAAACAAAAGAUCCAGCUUGUGAUAAACCUGACAACAACGACCAGCCACAACAAGAACAAGCGAAUAAAGAAUCCAACAGCAGUGAGGAAGAGUCAUCCGGUUCAACAAGCAGCGAUGAAGCGGAUAGCAGUGAUGAGGAAGACGACAGCGACAGCGAAAGCAGUGAGGCGACGGAUAUCGACAUUACACCGGCACAAAGACAAGCGGAUAACAUCGAACAAACAACUACAACAGAACAAUUAAAGAGAACUAAUGAAAAAACGGAGGAUAUGGAAACAAAUACUUAGGCUGAUUUGUACUU